UCGAGUUGCCGUCCUUGCCGUGCGACUACUUUACGUUGUCGUUUUGGCUACAGAUAUGCUGUAAGUAUGUAGAUGUGUAGAUUUCUUUUUUCAGGUAGUUCAGACACAAACCACGACAGCUUAUUGUAGAAUACUACCUACACUGGACCACCACAUUUGAGAUAUCUUUUUCAGGUAGUUCAGACACAAACCACGACAGCUUAUUGUAGAAUACUACCUACACUGGACCACCACAUUUGAGAUAUCUUUUUCAGGUAGUUCAGACACAAACCACAACAGCUUAUUGUAGAAUACUACCUACACUGGACCACCACGUUUGAGAUAUCUUUUCAGGUAGUUCAGACACAAACCACGACAGCUUAUUGUAGAAUACUACCUACACUGGACCACCACGUUUGAGAUAUCUUUUUCAGGUAGUUCAGACACAAACCACGACAGCUUAUUGUAGAAUACUACCUACACUGGACCACCACGUUUGAGAUAUCUUUUUCAGGUAGUUCAGACAUAAACCACGGAAGCUUAUUAUAGAAUACUACCUACACUGAACCACCACGUUUUUCAAUUUUACUUUAGGGAAAAGAGGACUGCUUCUAUACGGCCUUUGGCUCGCGUUUCAUUGGCUGUAAAGCUGUUUGCGUAAGACCAAUUAAGGUAUAGUAAAGGCACACUAUGUUACAACAACGUUUUUGUGAAGUACUGAACUUUGGGGGAAAACUACAUGCGUAUUAAGAUUAAUCCUGGUUUCCAUAUGAUCGCAAUGUUCGUAAAAAUAGAGUCACAAUCUUUCUCAACGGCCAGUUUAGAAUAGUUUAUACCUGUAAAUCACAUAUAAAUCAUAAGUAUUCUCUAGUUCUAAUCACUCCGCGUAUUUUCAGUUCUAAAAUGUUGUAUUUCGGCUGAUGAGAAAGAUCGUGACUCAAUCUUUUACUCCAGCGAAUUAAAUUAUGUACAGUAUCAUUCAUAAAUUAUACAAUGGGCUAAUUAUGCAUUCAAUUUGCUCUGCCCGGGAAAGCGAGACAAACUUUUGCCAAUUGACCUAUUCCCUAAUGAACAAAAUUUUGAUUUCAAACAUGUCUAAACAAAAAUUUCACCACAGCUUCAAAGAGCAUCACAAGAUUAGUAAUAUUCUGAAGUUUCGUUGCGAAAUGUUGUAAAAUGCGGAUAAUUUUGCCCUACGAAUUUUGCCGUUUUUCAUUCUUUUUGUGUUACGCGCGGGAAAUUGAUACCUUUUUUUCAGAAAGCGGUACCAAUUUCCCGUGCGUAAUACAGAAUGACUGAAAAACGGCAAACUUCGCAGGGCUAUAUUAUCCGCAUUUUACAACAUUUCGCAACGAAACUUUGGAAUAUUACUAAUUUUGUGAUGCUCUUUCAAGCUGUGAUGAAAUUUUUAUCUAGACUUGUUGAGAUCAAAAUUUUGGUUAUUAUUAGGUAACAGGUCCAUUUCUGUUCCAAUUUCCAUCCAAAUUUAACCAAAAAUUAGUCGAUAUGUCCUUGGGUAAUGCCGGUUACUUCCACAGAUUUUCGUAUUGAUACGUUUGGUAUUUUUCAAGUUACCUCGCUGACAGGCAAACACACUAAAUGUCAAUAUGGGUUAUUUUCAGAUUCGACAAUGCUGUCCUGGAUUUUAUGGCACAUUUUGUACCGGUAAUGUAAAUUGAGGCGUUUAUUUAACUGUAAAUUUUCUUAAUUGUCUUACACAAUUGGUGGCAACAUUUUCAGUGUACAUGUGAACGUUUCAGUGUCGCAGGCGUCAGAACAAGCGCCGGCUUUCACCUCUGAGAUCGUGGGGUCGAUUCUCGCUACGGACUCAUGUGAAAAAAGUCAGUCAAUGUUCUGUCGAAAGUCGUGGGUUUUCUCCGGGCGCCCCAGUUUCCUCCCACAGGGCAAGUUGACAGGGUCGAUAACUUGGCGGUUAUCUUUGAAGCCAAAUUGAAGGCCGCCAUGUACGUAUGGAGUGGAAAAUACGCCACCAAAAAGAUGUCUGUUUUCGACCACUAAAUAGCUGUAUUUCAACAAGGAAAAAAGCUAAAAACUUUCAACAAUACCUGAAAUUUAAUACAAAACAUGUUUCCAGAACGUAGAGCAGUUAUAAAGUUCUUUUUUCAGGAGUCAAAGUGCGAAGUUUUUUCGGCACGUUCAAACUUGUGUAAUAUUUUGAAUAUCAAGCUGUUACCCAGGAAGUUUUUGCUGUUAGUGGAUGUAAAAUACUUAGAACUAUCCAGGAAACCAGGUUUGAAUCUUUAAAGUUGAAGCCUUUUGAUAAAAAAGUACUUUUUCUUGCUGAUUUUCGCUCAAAAGUCAAAAACAAACUUUUGACUGAAUUUCCCGCUCCUCGAAACUCUCCCCAGUCCUUUUGAAAGUUAAUUUAUUGCUGGCCGUGAUCGCGAGAAGCGCCAUUUUGGCUUCAGGCAAGUAUGGGCAUGUUUAUCUGCAGUUAGCGUUCCAGUGUUAUUACAGUUCACUGGGAUAAACACAGUUAAGAAAGUAAGGGACUGGUCAUAAAGUAACUGCUAGGGUGGGCUGGAGGUAAAUCACAAAUUUUGCCAAUAAGUUUAGUGACCCAUCUUAGGAUGUAGAUAAAAAUUUCAAAGCCCAUCCAAUCUUACCAAAUUUAUUUCAUGACCCACCCACCCAAUCUAAAUUGGGAAAAUACAAUUUUAUAAUAGAAAAAAACUUGCAGGUAUGAACAUUGUAAAUAUACACCGGCACUGUAUUGACUUACAUAAUUCCACCAAGCUUGACCAACACAUUCAUCACCAAUUACGAUACAGAGCUGCUCUCUAGUUGGUUGUAUUUGCUGUGAUUCGACCACUUCUUGUUGUUGUAUAAAACAAAAUACUGGCUUCAAUAGCAUCAUUUGCACUUUGAUGAUUUGGAUAGUUUGGUUUACUUUUAUUAUUAAUAUCUUUAUGUAACAUAUAAUUAACAUGGGUUUUUUGUUUUGUGACCCAACCGUGGACAUACCAAAAAAUUGGCGGCCCAUCGAAACUGCCCAAAGAUUUUCCAUGGCCCAUUCCAAAUUACUCCAGCCCACCCUAGCAUUUGAUCAUAUCCAUGCGCAUAAAUUUGCACUAUAGAACUGCUUAUCGUAGUCGUAAAUCUUCAAAGCUGGGUUUGAUGGAUAAUCCAAGUGAGCACAUACAUAGAGGAUAGUACACGGCGGCGCGAAGAUAUGACUUUUAUCUUCGAGUGGUGAAAACUAUAUUUUACGAACGAGCGCAGUGAGUGAGUAAAAUAUUGUUUUUAACACGAGAAGAUAAAAGUCAUAUCUUCAAGCCACUGUGAGAUGUCUGUUCAUUAUAUAGUCCGAAGCAAAAAAUUGUGAAAUUUCACGCUCAAAAGCAAAUUGAAAAAAGUCACGUGAUCGAUAUCUUCACUAGUGAAAAUAUGGAAAAUAUCUCACUGUGUAUUUUUGUAUGUCGAGAUCUAACCAACUGAGCUACAGAGAGACAGUUGUCAAGCUCUAACCAACUGAGCUACAGAGAGACAGUUGUCGAGCUCUAACCAACUGAGCUACAGAGAGACAGUUGUCGAGCUCUAAUCAACUGAGCUACAGAGAGACAGUUGUCGAGCUCUAACCAACUGAGUUACAGAGAGACAGUUGUCGAGCUCUAACCAACUGAGCUACAGAGAGACAGUUGUUGAGCUCUAACCAACUGAGCUACAGAGAGACAGUUGUCGAGCUCUAACCAACUGAGCUACAGAGAGACAGUUGUCGAGCUCUAACCAACUGAGCUACAGAGAGACAGUUGUCGAGCUCUAACCAACUGAGCUACAGAGAGACAGUUGUCGAGCUCUAACCAACUCAGCUACAGAGAGACAGUUGUCGAGCUCUAACCAACUCAGUUACAGAGAGACAGUUGUCGAGCUCUAACCAACUCAGCUACAGAGAGACAGUUGUCGAGCUCUAACCAACUCAGCUACAGAGAGACAGUUGUCGAGCUCUAACCAACUCAGCUACAGAGAGACAGUUGUCGAGCUCUAACCAACUCAGCUACAGAGAGACAGUUGUCGAGCUCUAACCAACUUUCGCAACCGUUCCUGGUCAGGUCUGGAAUUGUGUAUGUAUACUUGGGUUAUCCACCAGAACCAGCAUCGACUUCCUUCUAUUAACCGUGCUUCCACGUUUGAGAUAUCAUUCUUUAAAUAAUCUAGCAUGUCCUGGAGAGAACGGCAAAGCAUGUUUUGCAAAUGGUAAGUGCCAUGAUUCCAGAUCAGGAAGCGGAAGUUGUCACUGUAAUGGAUCGUUUUAUGGAACGGCGUGUGAAAGAUGCAAACCUGGACACUAUGGCCCAACUUGCAAAAGUAAGUUCCUGUUACGUAUUGGAGCAUAGCCUAUAUUGCUGUGAAACCGUCACCGUCACGUGUGUAUUGUCAUAGGCGUACGGGACGGGGGGGCAGCUCCCCCCCCCAAAAAAAAAAAAAAAUUACAAAGUCGAAAAGUCGGGCAAAUGUUCAACAAAAGUCGGGCAAAAAGUAGGCAAAGCAAUAAAAUCUCUCUUAAUAAUAACCCCAGUUUGUUGGGCAAACAAAGCCAGUUGGGCAAUAUUCGCUUCACAGUCGGGCAAUAUUGGGUUGUUAUAAAAAUAAUUGGGACAAAUUCUGCCAAUUUAGUGGGAAAUUAUGUAAAUUUUGUGAUGUUCGGGAAAAUUUGUUUGAUGUUCCGAAAAAUUUUGGUAUGUCCGAAAAAAUUUUGGAGGGGGGGGGGUCGCCAAAAUUCAUUGUUCAGGAAAAAAAAAAUUUUUGGCACUGGUCGGGCACAAUUUGAAAAAGUCGGGGAAAUUUCGUUCUGCCUCCCCCCCUAAUUUUUUCCUUCCCGUACGCCUAUGUGUAUUGUAUAUUUGCCCAAUGUUUUAGGAAAGUUACCUAUCCGUGACUCGAACAAUAGGGUAAAUUGGAAAUGGCUAUUGGUGGAUUUGGCAAAAUAUACAAUACACACGUGACGGUGAAAGGACCAUAUUUAUUAAUAAACGUUGACUAACAUCGAUAAUUAGUUAUGUUGUUAUUCUAAUGAGUUUCACAGCCAUCUCCCCUUCGAUAUAGGCUCUCGUAUGACCGAGGCAUAAGUGUUGAGAACACUGUCGUGGAAAUUCUCGCUCGUCAACUCUCAUUUUUUGAUCGGCACGGAUACGGGGUUUGAGCUGGCCACUGCUGUAGUGCCCAGGUUCCAUAGUUGCCCAGGACAUAGUUGCCCAGGUUCUGGUGUUGGAGAAAAGUUUUUGCAUAUAUUAGAAUAACUGACAUAGAACAAUACAAUUUGAAAGGUGAAACAACAGAAUAAACUAACCGCAUACUUUAUUUGCUGCGGGUAAAAUCAUAGUUUUAAUUUUGCUGGAUUUCUCGCUUUAGGAUACAUUUUUGCAUUUAAAACUGUACGGAUUUUUAUAAAGAACGCUAUCAAUACUGUAUUUUUUGUUUUUCUAAAAAUGAUAAAUGUUGGAAGUUUUGGAUGGAAAGCCACCUUAAGUUAGCAAUAUAUGAUUCUGUACAAUGCAUGCCAAUGAUGUCACAACGUACGAACUUUAUACAUUAUACAAUCUGUUUUCUGUGUAGGAUUCCUGACAGCUCUGCUGAUAAAAAAUUUUAAACCAUUAGAAUUGAUAGUUAUACCUGUACAUUACUGACAACAACGCUAUAAUCGACAUGCACCAUUGAUUAUCUUAGAAAAAUAUCUAAGCCAUCCACGUAUGUAUCUAAUGACACAACUCGGGACUCUUCAUUCGUUUCAUCAAGUGACGCAUGUUCUGAAAUAUUCGCAUAACUUAGAGCCUUUAAACGGUCACCAAAACCCCCUUGGGAUACGUACAUGUUCGCCGCCCCCUCCCCCCUAUAGUUCGUCAAUUGUCGGCCACUAAUCAAUACUUUUAUAAAAAAUACAAAUCACCAUAUUUUUAGAAUGUUCUUGCUAUGGUAACACGACUUGUGAUCAGAAAAAUGGUUUCUGUCGUUGCCCACCUGACAGGAAAGGUCUGACGUGCAAUAAAACAGGUAGGUUCGAUUUUGCCUUAACCAUAAGCAAUGACGUUUUGAAACCUUACAUAACGCAAAUUAUCGAUUAUAUUUACCCCAUAACCUAAACAUAGCAGUACCCUAGUAUAUAUAUAUACAUGAACUUGUGGUUAGAGCUCGACAACUGGCCUCUGUAGCUCAGUUGGUUAGAGCACUGCACCGGGAUUGCAGGGCCGCAGGUUUGAUUCCUUCCCAGUGGCGCCGUGGGUCCCAUGUUUGUUUGGGGGUUUUUUGGGGGGGGGCAAGGGCAGUACUUUUCCGACAAACCGAAAAAUUUUUCCGACAAACCGAAAACUUUUUUCGCCAACCAAAAAUUUUUCCGGACGGCAACAUUUCAAAUCCGCCCCCCCCCCCGUCGACAACUUUGACAAUUUCCGAUAACAUUGACAAUUUUCCGACGGGUCUUAACAAUAGGAGCGGGGGGCAUGCCGGCCACGGCGCCACUUUCCCUGCCAGGGAAAUGUAUAUAAAUAAAUGUAUAUAAAUUUCCAAUCGAUAAUUUCCAUCUACAAGACCCUUCAACACUACAGUUUAAGUUCGAUAAUAUGACAAAAUCUCCAAAAUGCCUGGAAAUGCCAUUUCAUAAGGUCUAGUUUAGAUUUAAUGGGAAAUGAAUAUAAAUUUUUAUUUUUUCAUUUGAAAGAAAUUUUGAAACUAUAUUUUGAUGCCAUCAAAGAUAUAUUUCGAUUGGCUGAAAUAUAAUUGGUCAUGAGAUGUGCACGUGUACGCUUUGCCAAUACAAAGAUGACCUUUGAUACAAAUGACAGCUGCGGGUCUGUGACCUUUGUACCGCACGCAAAAUAUUCAAAUCGAUUGUCAUAUAAAUUAGACUAAAUUUGUGGACAGCAUUGCCCAUUAACUUAAAUUUAUAAUAUAUAUAAAUUAGCUUAAUGAGAUGUCCGCCAUCUUGGAUAGUAGUCUUGAUGACGUGUUAACCAUAUAAAAGUAUUUGUUGCUGAACAUUUGGUAGAUGUUUUAAAGGUUACAAGCGAUCUUGAUAUUUCGAAGGGCAGACAGGGUAUAGUUUUGAUGAUUAGUGGUUGUCUAGAUAAAAAUAUUGCGUGACCCUUUUUGUGACGUGACAUAUUUACAAAAAAAUAAAAAUGGCGGGCAUUUCAUUCCUUUCGAUCAAAAUGUUUGUAGAAGUAAGCAAGAUAUGAAAAAACUGGUAAAAGAGUUUUAUAUAUGGUCUUAAAGUUCUUUCAAAUGAGAAAUUAAAAAAAAUUAUUGCCAUUUCCCUUUAAAAAUCCUUACGGGUAGACUCCCUCGCGGAUUCCCUACAAUUGAGCUGAGUUUUUCUUUUGUUUUUUUUGUUAAAUUAAUUUUUAGCGACGUACGAUAAAUGUAGCCAUGGCAAUGUGACUUUUCAAUGUCAUCAACAUGCAAGGUAAACGGUUUAGUUGCUUUUACGUGGAGGAAGGCGUUUUUACUGUCCAUUUACAUGCGUAUUUAAACAUGUUUUAAUAGCUGUUUCCAGAAUGGAACAAUAAAUGCAACAUGCAAAUGUGAUUACGGUUUUGAAGGAAAUGGAACAAACUGCGAACGUGAGUAUUAAAGGAAUAUUUUUAAAACACAAGUACGAGAAAGUUUGUGUUAGAAGCAUAUGCUUAGAAUAGCAAUAGUACAAUCCAGUCACGUUCAAUUGUCUUUUCACUGUUUUGGAAAUCUUACUGUUCUCUAUGCCAUCCAGUCACGAUUCAGUGAUUAGAUUAUGUUUCAUUGUCUUUUCAUUGUUUUGAAAAUCCCACUGUUCUCCAUACCAUCCAGUCACGAUCCAACUGUGAUUAGAAUGUUGCAUUGUCUUUUCAUGUCUUUUCAUUGUUUUGAAAAUCUCACUGUUCUCAUACCAUCCAGUCACGAUCCAGUGAUUAGAAUGUUCCAUUGUCUUUUCAUUGUUUUGAAAAUCCCACUGUUCUCCAUGCCAUCCAGUCAUGAUCCAGUGAUCAGAAUGUUCCAUCAUUGUCUUUUCAUUGUUUUGAAAAUCCCACUGUUCUCCAUGUUAUCCAGUCACGAUCCAGUGAUUAGAAUGUUCCAUUGUCUUUUCAUUGGUUUGAAAAUACCACUGUUCUCCAUGCCAUCCAGUCAUGAUCCAGUGAUCAGAAUGUUCCAUUGUCUUUCCAUUGUUUUGAAAAUUCUACUGUUCUCCAUGUCAUCCAGUCACGAUCCAGUGAUCUGAAUGUUCCAUUGUCUUUUCAUUGUUUUGAAAAUCCCACUGUUCUCCAUACCAUCCAGUCAUGAUCCAGUGAUCAGAAUGUUUCAUUGUCUUUUCAUUGUUUUGAAAAUCCCACUGUUCUCCAUACCAUCCAGUCAUGAUCCAGUGAUCAGAAUGUUCCAUUGUCUUUUCAUUGUUUUGAAAAUCCCACUGUUCUCCAUACCAUCCAGUCAUGAUACAGUGAUCAGAAUGUUCCAUUGUCUUUUCAUUGUUUUGAAAAUCUCACUGUUUUCCAUGUCAUCCAGUCAUGAUCCAGUGAUCAGAAUGUUCCAUUGUCUUUUCAUUGUUUUGAAAAUCUCACUGUUCUCCAUGUCAUCCAGUCAUGAUCCAGUGAUCAGAAUGUUCCAUUGUCUUUUCAUUGUUUUGAAAAUCUCACUGUUCUCCAUGUCAUCCAGUCAUGAUCCAGUGAUCAGAAUGUUCCAUUGUCUUUCCAUUGUUUUGAAAAUUUUACUGUUCUCCAUGUCAUCCAGUUACUUGUUGUUUUGACAUAUAUUGCUAUUUGUGGGAGGACCACAGACCUCGUUCAAUUUUAUUUUAAAUAAGGUACCAACAUGUGCAAAGGCAACGGAGGAUGUUCACCGCACGCUGACUGUAAAUACGACGGAAUUCUUAAUAGAACCUGUACGUGCAAGAUUAAUUAUGAAGGUGAUGGGUUUUGGUGUCGAGG